AUGGCUAGUAAAGAUAACAUCUCUCAGCCCCGGGCCAUAUAUGGCAGAGGAGACCACACCGUAGUCCACGAUGAGGGGAGAAAAGCGAUAUAUAAAUGCGGGAAGGAAGGCCUCACGAUCUACGAGCCUCUUACGCUCAUCUUCAUCAAUGACAAUACAAACAUCCCGGUUCCGAAGGUCCGUAGCAUUCAGUACAAAGAUGGCAGAGAGAUCAAUGUCCGCUAUGAUAAAGCAGGAAAAUCAACCAACAUCCACUACGAGAACGACAAAGUGUUCGAGGUCAAGUACGAUGAAAAUGGUGGAUCAACUAAGAUUCUCUACGAAAACGAUAAAGUAGUCCAAAUAAUCAUGGACUUUGUGCCGGGUGAUACACUUGACAAGGUGUGGGAGGGCUUGGAUGAUGGCCAGAAAGAAGUACUCGCCGAGGACUUGAAGAAGUAUGUCUCUGAGCUCCGUGAACUUAAGGGUAAAAGGAUUGAGGCUCUGAAUGGCGGACCCACAAGACUUAUAACCGGUUAUCAAACUGUUCAAGAGGAAUGGCCCUUCGAGUCCGGGGAGCGGUUCAGCCAGUUUCAGAAAAUACAAAGUAUAGACACGAGGAUGCAUGCAUCACAGGACGACUAUUCAUCGCACACCGACGAUUCAUCACAGAACGAAGAUGCACAACAGGAAAAGGAUGAGAUUGUUUUUACCCAUGGCGAUCUUGUUCCACGAAAUAUCCUUGUCAAUGAUAAGGGCAAUGUCACUGCUCUUGUGGACUGGGAGUUUGCUGGGUAUUAUCCCAAGUAA